AUGUCCAGACCGGAGGAGUAUAGUGUUGGCUGGAUAUGCGGCAUCACCACUGAUUACGUCGCCGCACAAGCGCUCCUCGACGAACAGCAUCAACCCCCGGAAUAUCUACACCCUGACGACAAAAAUGACUACACUCUAGGAAAAAUUGGAAAGCAUAACGUGGCUCUUGCUGUAAUACCUAUUGGAGAACAUGGUGCCUCUUCAGCUGCAGAGGUGGCAAAAUAUUUGAUGCGCAGCUUUCCGAACAUCCGGAUCGGGCUAUCUGUCGGCGUCGGCGGCGGGGCACCAAGUCAAAACAAUGAUAUCCGCCUUGGAGAUGUUGUUGUUGGUAUUCCAUACAAUGGCCAAGGUAGCGUACUUCAGUACGACCUCUGUAAAACAAUACAAAGUCAAAGCUAUCCUACGAUCUUGGAUCGCCCACCCUUGAUUCUCCGCACGGCAGUUAAUGGGCUUCAGGCGGAGUAUGAGACCAAAGGCCAUCAACUUGAAGAAGCAAUCAACAAGGCUCUUGAAAGGAAACCAAGAUUGUGGAAGAAAUUCAAGCGACCAGAUCCAAUCAGUGACAAGCUAUACCGUAGUGACAUAUAUCCUGCCGACAUUGGGCCAACUUGUACUUUGCUUUCCCAGGAUGAUUCAUCUGAACUGGUGUUACGAGAUCUUCGCACCCAUCAAGAUGACAAUCCAGUCCUUCAUUACGGUCUGGUCCUAUCAAGCAACCUUCUCAUGAAAGAUGCCUUACUUCGUGAUAAACUUGCUGCGGAAAGGGGUGUUUUGUGCUUCGAAAUGCAAGCAGUGGGGCUAAUGCAGAAUUUCCCCUGCCUUGUGAUUCGCGGCAUAUGCAACUACGCCGAUACCCAUCAGAACAAAGAGUGGCAAGGAUAUGCGUCAAUGGUCGCAGCAGCGUAUGCAAAAGAUCUCUUGUCUCGAAUUUCGCCCCAAAGAAUGGAGAGUGAGACCAAAGCAAAAGAUGUUCUCAUGGGGAGCGAUCAUCAUACACAUGCCACAUUCGGAAGGAAAAACUCUGGAUUACAGAUUGGUGUAAAUUAUGGCCCUAUUAAUGGAGUUACUUUUGGGUCCAAAAGAAAUACAUAA